UGUAGCUUACUUGUCUUUGUAGAUGAAGGAAGAAUUUUGAAAAACUAUUAUUACCUUGGUUCGCUUGGACUGCAGGGACAGGCGAUACGGGAGUUCUUCGCUCACACCGAAGCCAAACGCUAGCUCACACUAUCUGCAGAGGCUUUAGCUAACAAGGCCUACGAGGCUAAGAUGUUGGGCUGUGCUUUGAGAAGAAGUGGCUCGCUGAGGCUGCCAGCUGCUUCACUAGCAGCUAGGCCGUCCCUGGGCCUCCAUACGCUUGCUACGACAGAAACACCGCCACCUCCCGCUUGCCGAAGCCUGUUGACAAUACGCGAGAAGAGUGACUUCCCACGUGAUAACGUCGAUGCUCCGGUGUCGACCAAGUACAGCCUUGGACCACAGCGUGAGGGCAUGGUGGGCGAUCCGCGCCGCACUGCACUACAGGGACAUCCCAAACUGGGCAAGAACGCCACACUGGACAGGAGUGCAGAUUACGUGAUUACGAAAGCUGACCAGCUCAUCGAUUACGUGCGUGAAGCGUCACUGUGGCCUAUGCUGUUCGGCCUGGCGUGCUGUGCUGUGGAAAUGAUGCACAUCGCUGCACCACGCUACGACAUGGACAAGUUUGGCGUGGUGUUUCGUGCCAGUCCGCGUCAAUCGGAUGUGAUGAUCGUUGCCGGUACAUUGACAAACAAGAUGGCGCCAGCACUGCGGAAGGUGUAUGAUCAGAUGCCCGAACCGAAAUACGUCAUCUCCAUGGGCAGCUGUGCCAAUGGAGGUGGAUACUACCACUAUUCGUACGCAGUUGUCAGAGGCUGCGAUCGCAUUGUGCCCGUUGAUGUCUACGUUCCAGGAUGUCCACCGACUGCCGAAGCCCUCCUGUAUGGCAUCCUGCAGCUGCAGCGUAAGAUUCGUCGCGAGCGCCGCAUGUCUCUUUGGUACAGGGAUUAGCUCUCAAUGCACAUCAGCACAUGUUCCCGAUCAUUCGCCAAGCAGUGUGUUCAUGGCAGUGGUGUUGAAGCAUCGUGUAGCUGCGCUGUAAGCUACAUUGAGCGACUGCUGUGCUAACUACCAAGGCCGUGUGUUUAGGCUGUGCAUUGUUGCUGAUCAAUGCAUCCAUGUUAUUGGUUGUAUGCAAGGGUGCAUGUGUGUGUGUGUGGGUGCGUGAGUGUUUGUGGGUGGGUGUGUGCGUGCGUGCGUGUAAAACGAGUUGUUUGUAUUUUAUGUUGUAUAGCUCUGUGGUCAUGUGUAGUGCUCAGCCGUGCAUUUUGUCAUAGUCAAUUUCACUGUUUUUGCUCAAUCUACUAAUAAUUAUUAUCAUUCACGAAUCUCUACCGAAUACGAUUGACAUUGCAAAUCACCGUAUAAAGACCAUAGAUUUGUGGGAAACACCCUAGUAAAAUAAAUAA